AUGGAUUUCCAAAGGAAAUUAGCCCCUGGUCGUUUGGAGGUGAAAGCUGCGGGCCAGAACGGAGACACGUUGGCCGUUAAACUGCAGAGAAGAGCAGCAAGGAUAAUCGCCUUUGACGAACUGCACAUAGACUUUAAGAACCCCAUCGACCAGGGCAAUCCAGCCAGGGCAAGAGAAAGGUUGAAAAAUAUCGAGCGCAUCUGUUGCCUUUUGCGAAAGCUCGUGGUCCCCGAAUACUCCAUCCACGGCCUUUUCUGUCUGAUGUUUCUCUGCGCAGCUGAAUGGGUGACGUUGGGACUGAAUAUUCCCCUGUUGUUUUACCAUUUGUGGAGGUACUUUCACCGCCCAGCAGAUGGUUCAGAAGUGAUGUACGAUGCCGUUUCCAUCAUGAAUGCUGACAUCUUAAAUUAUUGCCAGAAAGAAUCAUGGUGCAAACUGGCUUUUUAUCUGUUGUCUUUCUUCUAUUACCUGUACAGUAUGGUUUAUACGCUGGUGAGUUUCUAAUCGAGCCAACCGAAGGGGCAGGACCCUCCAGACGGUCCCCUUGGGUUCCUCUGGGAUGGACCCGGAUCCCCUUCCUCCCGGAGCCUGAAACGAGAGGCCGAGAUGGACCCCCCCGCGCCUGGAGCUGAUCAAGCCAGAAGGUUGCACCGUCUUCAAGCCAUGUUUCUGCUUUCCCCUCCUGCGCUCCAGAAAACGUCCCCGGUUUAUGCAUUUGGAGAACAAACGCCAGCACCCUCCCCGCGGCUGGACGCUUCCCAUCGCGGCCCCCUUAAACUUUUCGGGAAGCCUGCAAGUGGAUUUGGGGUGCAGAAGGGGCCUGGGGGGGCGAAAGCAAACCGGGCUAGCUUUACGGUGGGCGUCAUCCCUGCCUCCCAUUGAACAUGGGGAGAGACCCCUUUCCCCCCUCCCUCUUCGCCCCUGGGUUGGACUAAUUCCUGCCUCACCCCCCCUUUUUUUUUUUGGGUAGUUUGGGGGGGGA